UCCGCAGCUAAACCCGAAGGGCCCGAAGCUGAAGGCAAGCAGCAGUAGGUUCGCACUUCCGCCGCCGCAGCAGCCGCGAUGCUGCAUCGCCUACGCCGAUGCGGCGGCGGCGCCCUCGCCGCACUCCGGCGGCUCCACCACUUCCCGGCCGCCGCGCCCGCGUCGUCUCCGGCCGCCUGGAGGCGUCCUUUCCCUCCACCCCGGCUCUACUCCACCGCCGAGAUGAGCCCGGAGCUGCCCGCGAACCUGGUGGGGAUCAUGGAGCAGAGAAUGAAGUUGAUCGAGCAGAGAAUGAAGUUGAUCGAGCAGAGGAGCGCAUACCUCCAGGAGCAAAUCAACCAGCCAGCCGCCUCGCCGGCAGAGUACUCGAGAGCUAACAAGGAGUUCCGCAAGCUGGAGAGCACGAUGGAGUUGAUCAAAGAGCUGAGGUCGAAACGGGAGGAAAUUAGGGGUUUGAAAUCUUUGGUAACAAACGCCCGUGAAGAGAAAGACAUGCGUGAGAUGGCAGCUGAGGAGCUACUUGAGGCUGUCGAGGAGGAGAAACGAUUGCAGCAUGAUCUGUUCAAAUCGUUGCUUCCAAAAGACGAAGCUGAUGAGAGGGAUUGUAUAUUGGAGGUUCGGGCAGGAACUGGAGGAGAAGAGGCAUCUUUGUUUGCAAUGGAUAUAUUCAAAAUGUAUGAGAAAUAUGCCCAGAACAAUGGGUGGAAAUUUGAUGUUAUUGACAUAAUGGAGUCUGCCUUGAAAGGAUACAAGGAAGCUAGUGGAACUAUAUUAGGUACUGGGGCGUAUGGCAAACUAAAGUUUGAGAGUGGCAUUCAUAGAGUUCAGAGAGUCCCAGUGACCGAGAAAUCUGGACGGGUGCACACUAGUGCUGUAUCAGUUGCUGUUCUUCCUCAAGCUGAUGAGGUUGAUAUCCAACUGCGGAAUGAGGACUUGAGAAUUGAUACCUACAGAUCAGGUGGAUCUGGAGGUCAAUCUGUCAAUACGACUGAUAGUGCUGUUAGGAUAACUCAUGUUCCAACCGGAACAGUGGUUGCAAUCCAAGACGAGAGAUCACAGCACAUGAACAAGGCCAAAGCUCUCAAAGUUCUCCGAGCACGACUGUAUGAAAUGGAAAGGCAUAGGCUCCACAUGGACCGUUCAAAGCUUCGAUCAGAGCAGAUUGGAAGUGGUGACAGGUCUGAGCGAAUCAGAACAUACAACUUUCCACAGGGCCGUGUCACCGAUCAUCGUGUUGGAAUCACACACCACUCCAUAGCAGAUGUUAUGGAGGGGGAGAGCCUGGAUGUAUUCAUCGACGCACUCCUGCUUCAAGAGGAGAUGGACGCGAUUGCUUCAUUUACCGCAUAACAGCCAAUUUGAUGAACCACUGCAACAAUGAACCAUGUCACUAACAAAAUAGAAAAGGAGACCGAGGAACCAUGCAUAGCACCGCACCAGCGACGACAAGAUGAACUUCCGGAUUUGCUUAUACAUUGUAUUUCCUUGUUUUUGAAUAUAUAGUUUGGCAUGAUUCAGAAUUUUAAUGUAGGCUUGUAGUAGCCCACUUUUGCUCAUUCAAUUCUUUCCAAACUGCAGUGGUGCUGACA